AUGCCGCCGAUUUUUGGCGGCAUUUCGGCGGCAACACCUCUGAAUGACGCGGCAUUUCGGUGGCGACGCCUAUUGACGUUGCCGCUUGUCGGCGGCAUUUUGGCGGCAUUUUGGCACCUGCCAGACAAAAAAGCACUUGCUGAGGGACUGCAGGUCACGGUGCCUGAAAAGAAGAAGGUUGCUAUGCUGUUUCAGCCUGCCCUGCUUCGCUGCCACUUUUCUACUUCCUCCACCCAGCCGGCUGUGGUGCAAUGGAGGUUUAAAUCCUACUGCCAAGACCGCACGGGAGAAGCUUUGGGUCUGGCCACCUCAGGGAUACAAGCGGUGAGCAAAAGGAACCUGGAGUGGGAUCCCUACCUGGACUGCGUGGACAGCAGAAGGACGGUCCGUGUCGUAGCUUCCAAGCAGGGAUCCGCGGUCACAAUAGGGGACUUCUAUAAGGAAAGAGAUGUCACCAUUGUCCAUGAUGCAGACCUCCAUAUUGGGAAGCUGAUGUGGGGAGACAGUGGGCUCUAUUACUGUCUCAUCAUCACCCCUGACGACUUGGAGGGCAAGAAUGAGGAGUCAGUGGAGCUGCUGGUUCUGGGCAGGACAGGGCUGCUUGCUGAUCUCUUGCCCAGUUUUGCUACGGAGAUUAUGCCAGAGUGGGUGUUUGUGGGCCUGGUGAUCCUGGGGGCUUUCCUGUUUUUUCUCCUGGUUGGGAUCUGCUGGUGCCAGUGCUGCCCACAUAGCUGCUGCUGCUACGUCCGCUGCCCCUGCUGUCCAGAUUCCUGCUGCUGUCCACGGGCAUUGUAUGAAGCAGGCAAGGCUGCAAAAGCUGGAUACCCAUCUGCUGUCACCUCCAUCCCAGGUCCUUACUACAUCCCCACUGUUCCGGGAGCUGGCGUGCCAUCUCCUGUUGUGCUGAUGGAGAAGUCGCAUCCCCCUCCCCUAGCACCAAGUGACUCCAGUGGAGGAAGCCAAAAUGUGCGCAAGGGGUACAGGAUCCAGGCCGACAAGGAGAGGGACUCCAUGAAGGUGUUGUACUACGUCGAGAAAGAACUGGCACAAUUUGACCCAGCCAGGAGGAUGCGAGAGCGAUAUAACAACACCAUCUCUGAACUCAGCUCCCUGCACGAGGACUCGAACUUCCGUCAGCCUUACCGGCAGGUGCGAAGAAAACCCCUCCCUCCUGCGGGGGACCUGGAUGGUGAUGCGGAGUACUGGGCAGGGGUGAUCAGCGGAGGUGGUGCAUCAAGGACACAGGCGGUUUCUGAUUACAGGGAGGAGAGGGACAACUUUAAGCACAGCCAGCAGAGAUCGAAAUCGGAAAUGCUGUCAAGGAAGAACUUCUCUGUGGGCGUGCCGGCUGUCUCCAUGGACGAGCUGGCGGCCUUCGCAGAGUCCUACAGCCAGCGCGCCCGCCGGACAGAUGGUGGCCAGGAGCCCCGGCGUUUCGAGAGGUCGGAGUCGCGAGGGGGACGCGGCGGGGUGGUGCAGCACCAGGACAGCUCCUCGGAGGAGUACUAUGGCAAGCGCAGGGGAAACCGCGAGCCGCUGACAGACUCGGAUCGGGGCUGGUCAUACAGCCCACCCAGGAGACGGGCCCAUGAUGAGAAGCACCUGCCCAGGCUGGUGAGCCGGACGCCUGGAGGGAGUCAGAAGUAUGACCACUCCUACCUCAGCAGCGUUCUAGAGAGGAAGUCCCGGAGCUAUGAGGAGAGUGGCGAACGGAGUGAGACACCCUCGAAGCUGAGCUCGCAGCCCAGCCAGCGAGGGGGAACGUAUUACGCCUGGUCACCGCCAUCCACCUACAAAGCAGGGCAGCAGCAGCAGCAGCAGCCGCCAAAGCAAGAGGAAGGAGAAGACACCCUGCCUCCAUACAGCGAGAGGGAGCUGAGCCGAGGCCCUUCGUACAGGACCAGGGAGCAGACUUACCUCAACGCCCCGGACAAGAAGAGGAAAAAGGAGCCCAAGAAAACAAAUGAUUUCCCAACCAGGAUGUCCCUUGUGGUUUGA